UUGUCUUUUGGAAUUUGUGCGCUAGCUGCAUUAAAAUGCAAACAAAAAUUGUUUAGCAAAUAAGAAAUUGUAUAUCGUGUAUAUUCGGUGAAUAAUGUGAAGUGAUCGGAUACGCUCAGCUCCAUCUUAAGUUGUAUUUCUAUCUCGAAACGGUAAUGGUGUGGUUGUAUCUGAAUUAAACUCUACAAAAGAAAAAAGUGUCUCUUGUCUGGUUGCUUUAGUUUUUGGCAUGCAAGUCAUGAUCUUGGCUCGAAACCGGCAUCAGCCACUGCUUUGAUGACGCAUUCGAUUACGGGUGCGAGUGCGAGUACGAGUACGUGUAUCUGUAUUUCAGUGUAUUUGUGCGAGAUGCUUGUAUUUACGAUUGGCGCGCAAAUUUUGCGAUACCUGGUCAAAGGCAGCUGCCUUUUGCUUGCCCUGCUGGCCACACUACGGACUGUUGCCGCUCAUGUGGCCAACAACAGCUCAAUACAGGCGGUUGUGCCGGCUGUCAACGAUCCCAAUCUGGUGCUGGUGAACAAAUGCUGUGAGAAGUUCGAGAUACACGUGAACAAUACGUGCCAGCAGGUCAACCAAACUGACUAUUUUCAGCCCAUGUUUACCAGCUACAGCGGCGAUCAAAACAGACCAGUGGCGAAUUUUAAGUUCGUAAUUGGUGUGCCCAACUGUGGCACCAAACAGAUGUGGCCUGUUUUGGACUAUGCAGGCAGCUACGACAAGCUGGUUCUGUUGGACGAUGGCAAAUUGAGGCACUAUACCAAUACCGAGGAUGAGGCCGACGAGCAGAACGGCGUGAAAGCUGACUACGAUGAGGAUUUGGCAGAGGCGCAGAAACCGCGCUUUUAUGACUAUGAGCAAGGUCAAUACUGUCUGGACAGGGCAAUUUCCCCGGAGCACAAGCAUAGCCUGUUUGCGCACAUUUGCUUGGCCAGAAAGGAAAACAAUUGGAAUGAUUCGAACUUUUUGUUGCGCAAAGUACUUAAUCCCAUAUUCCAUGGCAUAUCUCUGGUACUAUUACUUAUCAUAGCCAUCGUCUAUUUUAUAUUGCCUACGCUAAGCAGAGAUCUGGUCGGAAAUAUAGUUACGACAAUUGCAAUGUGCCUGAUGGUCAGCCAGGCAGCAGAUCUGGUCUGCAUAUUCACGGAUUUCACCAAUCACGUGAGCUUCAUUGUGGCGGACAUCAUUUUGUGCUUCAGCCUGUUGGCCGCAUUCUUUUGGUUGAAUAGCUUCGGCUAUUACAUAUGGAAAACCUUUCGAUCGAGGAAUGUGUUUCUGCGCGUCACCGACGGACGCAAAUAUUGUUACUACUCGUUCUAUGCAUGGGGCUGCACAGCUACAAUGGCUGUGCUGGCGGUCUUCGCGCAUUUCUUCCUCGACGCCGACUCGUACAAGAAGGAGAAUAUGCGGGGCGAGCAGCAAACGAUUGGUUGGCUGGGCAUAUGCAUAUUCUUUGCACCGAUUGCGUGCACUAUCAUAGUAAACAUAUUCUUCUAUGUGACCACACGGAAGCUGAUCAACCGUCGCACCGUCUACGGACGCAUUGCCCACAAGCUGAAGGCUAACUUCAUCAUGUUCUCGCUGAUGUUGCUGGUGAUGUCAUUUGCCUGGCUGUUUCUUACCAUGUCUUGGUUGGCUCUAGACGGCCUACUCUAUGCGCACAUAAUAGUGAAUGCAUUCCAGGCUCCACUGCUGCUAUACAUAUGCGUUCUACGGCAGCGCCAUGUGACUUAUCUACUAAGGAAGUCCUGCUGUUACAAUGAGCCACCAUCAACAAAUGAUUGGGGCGACGAGAUGCACCACAUGAAUGGUAAUGAUUAUUGAGACCGCCCACCCAAGCUCUAAAGGAGCUAACCCGAAGUUAUAUUUGAGCACGGGCCUUAGUCUGUCAACUAAUUGUAAGAUCUACUCGUAGCUAGGCUAAGUGUUUUUGUAGAUUAACAAUGUUAAACAUUGAGAUUUGUACUUAAAACUAAUUUAUAGAACAA